UUUUGGGCAUUCGCUGGUGCUCCCUUUAAAUAGGGAACGCUCUGCCGCCAGGCUCAGUCAGUGCUGUGAGCAGUGUCCCUCCUGGCUGCCCCUGGAGCCUCCAGGCACCCGCUCCUCCGCUCCGGACAAGUUCUGCUCUUCAAUUUAACCCCGGUCAGAGGCCUUGGGUGAGUGCGAGGGUUUAGCAGGGCUCAGGGGUCAGAUGUGGAUGGAGAUGGCCUCCACCAUUAACAUUCGGCAGCCUGACACUGGAUGCGUGUGGGUUACCAGUCAGCCCUCCUGGCGUGAGCUGUUCGAAAGGGCUUCCUCUAAGCGCGCUUUAUUCCUCAACGGCCCAUCGCAAGGAGCCCGCUGGAACCAGCUGCCCGGAGGAGGAGGGACGCUUCGAUUUACCUAAAUACAUGAUUAGAUCGGCUAUUAUUUUUAAACAGUUGUAAUUAAUGUGAAAUGAAUGCAGACAACUUGCUCUUUGCUUAAUAACGGAGUUGGAAUAACACACGGAGCACUGGCAGACCUGCAAGAAUGGAUGCAAAAAUACUUGAGAGCCCGGAGGGAGAGCCUGGGAGCUCUGCAAGCCUCGUGAGGGCCCCCCCAGCUCCCCUCGUCACUAUUUCUGUUCUAUUUCUGCGUUCUUCUUGCAGGUUCCUCGGAACAGAGGCAUCCCAACUCUGAGAUGAGCUCCUGAGCAGCAAAGAGCUUUCGCUUGUGCAGUAGGUGAAGCACGACCUGGGGGGGUCACGGAGCACCGUAGGGAAACGAACCUUCACUCCAGGUGCCAUAAUAGGCUUUUUCCAUCCAUGCUGCUUCAGUCCCUCGUCUGGGCCACCAGCUGAUGAGAUGGCACAGAGCACCGAGCUCCAGCCAAGCUUUGAGGACAUUUUUAAUAUUUUAGCGCAGAUCCCACAAGAUAAACUCCUUAGCCUCAAAUAUAAACUGAAGCACUUGGUAUUAGGGCCCAGCAGCAAAUUACUGCAAGCCAUGGUCCUGCUCACUCUGCGGCAAGAAGCAGAUGCAAGAAUUUGUUUGGAUGCCUUGGGAGAUAACCGGGCAGCCCAGUAUGUCCACCGGACCAAACUGGGUGCUGCAGGAGUGCAGGAAGAUGGGGAGGAUUUGCAGCCUCCCCAGCUGGAUGCAGGUGCCAUGGUGCUUCUGGCACAGAUCUACUCAGUGUUGGCGGAGGAAAAACUGUGCAGUCAUGAAGCCAUGGACAAAGCCUGCCAGGCUGCCACCAAAGCCUGCAAGGCCAGCAAGGAAACUCAGGGGGACACGCUCAACAGCAUCCCAGCUGAGGACCAGGAAAAACACGACUCUGCUAUCAGCAUGAGCCCCGGUGACAAAUUUCAGACGCUGAGAUCUGAUAAGAGCAUAGGAUUUCUCCAGACGGCCAGCCCAAACUACGCGGUGAGAAGUUCCCCAGUGCAGAUUGGAGGCAACUCAAACCUUUCAGGCCCACAGACCUUGUGCUCCUUGGGCAGUCCCUCUUUGCCCAGUCGCUUUGAGAUCAGUGCGUCGCCAACAGUUGUCUUUCACACCCAGCCUUCUUCCCACAAGCACGUCCCCCAGCCCAGCCGGCUGUGCGAGGGGAACAGCAGCGGUGCUGGACAGCCUGACGGGGACAGACAGAGCCAUGGCCCACAGGAAACAAGCUGGGUCAGCAGACCCAACUCUCAUCCUGGGCAGGACACAGGUGCCCAAGUGCCCCAACCAGAGAAGGUUCUGCAGGUCAGUCCAUGCCAUCCAAGUCUCCCUAUUCCUGAAACGCAGCUGCCCACGCUGGGUGCUGUGAACCAACCCGUCGAAAGUAGUGAUGUUUCCAGCACAGUGGCAGCAGAACCUUAUGCACCAAAAGAAAACACAGACAAAAAGCAAGAUGAAAAGCAAUUAUCUACAGAUCUUCCUGACUCAAGAGCUAGAGCAGAUACUGGUCCUGCCCACAUGUCCAUGGAGGACUCCUAUGUUCCAGCAGGCAUUCCUUCUAACUCUGCAUCUGCUUCCAUUUCAACCGGUUCCAUUCCUCCUCCUGCCUAUUCCUCCUUCUCUGCCCUUCCCCAUCCUCUUCAGGGAGCUCCUUCCAACUUAUCGUAUCCCACUCCCCUCCACUCGUCCCCCUCUCCAGCCUGGCCUCCUCCUCUCCAAUCUGUAAAACCAGUGCCCACAUCAGAGCCAGAUGAUGUAAAGUUCUUCACUUUUGUUGUCCUACAUGCUAGUGAAGAUGAGAUUGUUGCCCAUCGGGUCAAGGACCUGCUGGAGAACAUGGGGGUUCCCAAUGGUGCCACACUCUGUGAGGACUUCUUCAUUGCUGGACGCAGCCAUCUGACUUGCUUCCAGGAUGCUAUGGAAAACUCCGCUUUCAUCAUCCUUCUGCUGACCAAGAACUUCCCAUGCGACCUGUGUAUGUUUCAGACAAACACUGCUCUGAUGGAGUCCAUCCUGAAACCAUCCAAGCGUGACUCAGUCAUCCCUUUUGUGCCCAAGGAAAACCCCCUGGAACGGAGUCAGAUUCCCAGCGCACUGGGCGGGCUGAUGCCCUUGGAUGAGAAUUCUCCUGGGUUCUCUAGGACAGUGCAGAACACCUUUACCACCAGCAGGAUCAAUGAGAGGAAAGCCAUGUGGGACCUGAUGCAGAGAAGGAAACUACAGCUGUAUCAGGAACAGUAUCAAACACUGCAGAACUUAUCUGCUCUGAACCUCGGCUCCCUUCCCCAGGUGCCUCUGUCAGCAACACGGCCGCUGCUGCCGGAGCAAUCACCCCGACACUGGUGCCCCCCUCCUGCCACAUACCCACCUCCUCCCACUGGUCACCCCAUGCCUGCUCAGAUGGGUCGCCCUCCUUUCCAACCACUUCAUCUCCUAUCAGGCCACUACAACAUGAUGCCAGGUCCAGAAGGCAUCCCGCCCCUCAUCAUUCAGCAUGCUCAAAUGGUUCAGAUUGGGAACCACAACACGAUGCAGGUAGAAAAUGUCACACCAGGUCCGCAGGACAGCGAGGAAGAAACCAGGUAGAACGCCUGAGCAGAGACGCAGCAGGUCAGCCCAGGGCAGACACUCGCACUUCGUUUCAAACCCUAGAUUAUAGUGAUUCGGCUGGGACUGGGACUAUUCUUAUUUCCUUGCGGGUAAAAGGUACCACUUUCUCGGAGCACAGGAGAAAAUUACCUCCUUUUUUGUUGGACAAGAGAGGUUACAAUCUCCCGAGACUGUUUUCCUUGUGCUUAUUUUCAAGUAACCAAGAAAACUUUUCCUGAUUUUUUUGAGGCUCCUGGAAGGUUUUAUAAAUAAAUUUUAAUUAACUUAUUUGUGUUUCUCUGGUUCUUUCCUGUAGAAUUAGCAAAGGGGCAGUCAGGGAUAUCAGGAAAACUGUUUCGUGUGUCUGUACAUCUGGGGUGGAGGAGGCUGGGAGACGGCACACCGGGGUUGUUUCAUAAUCUGCUGCUGAUCAAAUCAUUUGAGGGAAAAUCUUCAGGGGAUGCUCUGGGGAGUCGCUGUGGCCUCCUGUCAGGUGCUAAGCACCACAAGGUCCCACCAUUUUCUUCCAGCAGUCCUCUUUGCUCGGGGUCACACAGUAUCCUCUCAGCCUUUCACACCGACACCUACUUUGUGUGCACAGUGUGCUCCCCUUGCUGCAGCACACACCAGCGCCACUUCCCCCCAGCUGCUCGCAUCAGACCCAGGAAGGUUCAUGAAACCAGCUGCACAGCCUUCUGAGAGGCUGCUGGCCUCCGGGUUGAGGCUUCAAGAGAUCACUUUUCCCAGUUCCCCUCCGAA